CUCGUGGAGCCUAGGCUGGCCUAAGACCCAACAUGUAGUGGAGAAUGGCUCCCAGUCUCCUGCCACAACCGCACAAGAGCUGGGCUUUACAGUACUACGGUGACGUCCGGCUUCGUGGGCUGUUUACAACGCUGACUUCUCCGGCCUGGAAUCUGAGGCCUUACCUAAUGUCUGUGAGCCCUGCAGGCUUGGGGGAAACCUGCCUUGUAGCUUUUGCCACCCACCUGCUUCCCAGCAUUUCGGACUUAAUGAAUAUUCAUCAGCUAGCUUUAGCGUGCAGAGUUCCCCAAGAAGCUUUUGUGCUUCCCGGUCUGGGAGCCAGCGUAUUUGUGAAGAAGAUGUUACCCUAGUGUGCCAGUUCUCGGCGAAAGGAAAAUUUUACGAUCUCCCUUAGGUGCAGGAGGGACUUAAAGCCGUAAUUAGUUCAGUCUUGAAGAGGAGUAAGACUGUGAUGUUUGCUUUUUCCUUUGUUCAUAAAUGCCUGCCAUAUUCUUGCCUUCUGUGGCUUUUGUUUACUCUCUCUCUUCUUUCUUCAAGGUCUAAAAUUGCCCAGGCUGGCCUCAAACUUGCUAUAGAGCUGAGGAUGGCUUCAACCCAAGAUCUUUUUACCCCCACCUCCCAAGUGCUGGGGUUACAGGCGUGAAUCACCAUGCCCCAUCCACCUGCUCUUUCCAGAAGCCACGCUCCCUGCAAGCUGGGGAGCGGGACAGUUACAGCCGUGACCCUGCUGAGCACACAGACUCGGAAUCCAUCCCUACAGGCACCUGCGGUUUUCCCCUCCACCGUCCCGAAGAGGCCCGCAUUUCCUUUUCUCCUCUCGGUCCGGAAUAUAGGUCAGAACGAGCCCAUUCUGAAAGAGGUGUGCCGCCCCUCCUUGGAAACAUCCCUUUCCCCCUCGGCUGCCCCAGGCAGUCAAAGGUCCUCGCGUGCCUUCUUUCACACAGCCUCCAGACAGGCAUGACAAUGCUAACCACCCCCACCCCCCAGACCCCACAUCCCACCCCACCCCCGCCCUGCAGCGGCGGCAUAGCUGAGAGGGUAAAGCCGCAGCCAGUUCACCUGGAAACACGUCAUCCUGAUCAGAACGGCGGCGGCCAAUCUCGGAGCUUUGGAAUCACCUGGCAGCUAAGUCAGACCGUCUGGGGCAGGGGACCCCGGGUCUCCCGACACGCAGCUGGGGCGGACUGUCCUGCCGCAGGAGCCAGCGGCUGCCGCGAUUAUCAGUCACUCCAACCAGGUCUCCCCAUUUCCCUCCUGCCUUUCCAACACGGGAUCUGCUCGCCCAGGGGAAGAUUGGAUUGUACUCACGGACUGGGGCCUCACACCCGCAUCUUCGCCGGCGAGAGCUUGCCUCCCCAGCUUGGCUGGUGCUCAGGACACAGGUGCUGCUGCUGCUGUGGCUGCGCGCAUCCUAACGGCGGCCGCUCCGCCUUCCAGCUCGACCUCCCGCCAGAGCUUCUCACCCGGAGGCCCCAAGGCACACCUCUCUCAUGCUUGUGCCUUCCCUCGUGGUCGCGGGGUCCGGAGCAGCGAGGGAGGAGUGGAGGACCCGGGGUUUGCGUCAGCUGGGGCUGUCCGUCCUCACCGCUGCAGCUCGGCUAG